AUGAUCCCAACAUUCCAUGAAUCUAGUGGUGCGUCUGGUGGACGGUUGACAGAAUACCCACCUAUUGAGGUUAGGACAAAAUGUGAUUUGCUAGUGAAUGUGGCUGAUACCCAAUUGAAAGUAGCUAAUGGUAUUGCAUGGCCAACAUCUGAAACGGUCAUACAUUCACAACCAAUAAGUAAAGGUUGUGUGAAAGUACAGGUUGAUGAAAUCGUCGAAAUAUAUGAGAACUUGCAUGUGCAUGCCGUCACACGAACGGAAGAAGUUGAAUAUGUUAAACAUCUUCUGCAUACCAUCGUUCAGUGGCCGAGAUAUGCAAUAAAGCUUGUGAACAAGAUACCUAGCAAAUCAAAUAGUGGCACGGGAAUGGGUUCGAAUCGCGGCUCACCACAGAUACAUGUUGAUGACAUCACGACGACUUCAGUUUAUCGUCCACAAUUUGAGGAAAACCACAUCGCUUAUCAACAUGGAAUUAUUGAACAUUUUCAAGGUGGUUUAGUUGAUAUGGUUAGUCUUAAAAACUUGUUUUAUGCUUAUUUUUAG